GACGCAGUAUUACAGUACUUUCGACUUUCGAGAUAGUAGUGACUCGGUUGUUUAAGGUAUCGUAUAAAUUGAAUGUAUUAAGUAGUGAAGUUACAAAAUUCCAAUCAAAUAAUAAAGCACUACAAUAUACCGGACAAACGAAUAAUCAUAAUGGAGAUUCAAAUAUUGACCGCGAAAUCAUCAAAAUUAAUAGCAAAUCUAUCUGUGAAAUCUAAUACAACUAUACAAGAAAUAAAGGAAGAAUUAUUUAAAUUAAAAAAAGCACCACAUAUUCAUAGACAAAGCUUAAGAUUAGAUGUUAAAGGAAAAGCUUUACCUGAUUCAGAAAAUUUAAAAAAUUUAUCAAUUUCUAAUGGAGGAAAAUUAUAUUUCAAAGAUCUUGGACCUCAAAUUAGUUGGAAAACUGUAUUUUUAGUGGAAUAUGCUGGUCCAUUAAUUCUAUAUCUAUGGAUAUAUCAGCGUCCAUGGAUUUUUUAUGGUGACAUAACUAAAUCUAAAGUAGAUGAUAAAGUUCAUGUGGCAGCCAUUUGUUGGAGUAUACACUAUGCAAAAAGACUUCUAGAAACAUUGUUUGUCCAUAGGUUUAGUCAUGCAACAAUGCCACUGCGUAAUCUUUUUAAGAAUUGUUCAUAUUAUUGGAUUUUUGCUAUGUAUGUAGCAUAUCAUGUGAAUCAUCCUUGGUAUACAGCUCCAAAGCAAUUUCAAUUUCUUCUUGGAUUAGUUAUAUUUGUACUUUGUGAAUUGGGAAAUCUAAGCAUCCAUUUAGCUUUAAGAGACUUAAGACCAGCAGGAAGUACUAUAAGAAAAAUACCACUACCCACUAAUAAUCUUUUUACUUUAUUAUUUAAUUUUGUAUCAUGUCCAAAUUACACUUAUGAAAUUGGUAGUUGGAUUGGUUUUACCAUUAUGACUUCAUGUCUUCCAGCUGGAUUCUUUACUAUUGCUGGUGCAUAUCAAAUGACUGUUUGGGCAAUAGGAAAACAUAAAGCAUAUAAAAGAGAAUUUCCUCAAUAUCCAAAAACUAGAAAAGCUAUUAUUCCAUUUGCUCUUUAAAUAAUCAAUUAUUUCUAAUAUAAUAUUUUUAAAUAAGAA